AUGGAUGUAAUGAACUAUUCCACAGUGACCGAGUUUCUUCUUUCAGGACUCACUGAGCAGCCAGAGCUUCAACUGCCCCUUUUCUAUCUCUUUCUAGGGAUUUAUGUGGCUACUACAGUGGGAAACCUGGGCAUGGUUGCCAUUAUUAGGUGGAACUCUCAACUCCACACACCCAUGUACUAUCUUCUCAGUAGUUUGUCUCUUUUAGAUUUCUGCUAUUCUUCUGUUAUUACUCCCAAAAUGCUGGCUGGGUUUUUAUAUGGAGAUAGGGUCAUCUCCUUCUCUGGAUGCAUGGCUCAGCUGUUUUGCUUCUGCAUUUUUGUCAUUUCUGAGUGCUACAUGCUGGCAGCCAUGGCCUACGAUCGCUACGUCGCCAUCUGCCACCCACUGCUCUACCACAGCAUCAUGUCCCUGCGGACCUGCUGUCUGCUGGUGGCUGCUGUCUUCUCAGUAGGUUUCACAGAUGCUAUGAUUCAUGGUGGCUGUAUAUUAAGAUUGUCUUUCUGUGGGUCAAACAUCAUUAAACAUUACUUCUGUGACAUUGUUCCCCUUAUUAAACUGUCUUGUUCCAGCACUAAUAUUGAUGAACUUCUGAUUUUUGUCAUCGGUGGGUUUAACAUGGUGGCGACUAGCCUGACAAUCAUCAUUUCUUAUGCUUUUAUCCUCAACAGCAUUGUCCGCAUCCGCUCCAAAGAGGGCAGGUCCAAAGCCUUUAGCACCUGCAGCUCGCACUUGAUGGCUGUUCUUAUAUUUUACGGGUCUCUCAUGUCCAUGUAUCUCAAACCUGCUUCCAGAAGUUCAGUAGUCCAGGAGAAGGUGUCUUCCGUGUUUUAUACCACUGUAAUCCCCAUGCUGAAUCCACUCAUUUAUAGUCUGAGGAAUCAGGAGGUCAAAAAUGCACUCAUGAAACUAUUAAGGAGAAAAAUCGCUUCAUAA